AAAGGGUGGCAAUGUCAAUGCCCAUUGCCGUUUACCAUGAGAUCUCCUUGCCUGCCCUAGACUCCACAAGGCAAUGAAUGAAGGCAUAUCACUACUGGCACUCGACGAAAUUGAAAUUGAAAUUGUAAAUAUGCUGGUGAACUCUAUCUCGCUUCUGGUCUUCGCAUCCAACCAAUCGUUGAACUCAAAGGUAUGGCACAGGUGGUUGUCCAUUGGGGUCUGUCCCGCAGGCCAGCUGCUGAGUAUAAUCAUCCUGCAUUCCUUCUUCUUCUUCAGCAGCAGCUUCAUUCAUAUCUGGCACGUACCUUAGGCGAGUCAAACGGCAUCCAGACCCGUCUGUGCCGUGUGUGCACGAACAUUCGUUCUCAUCAGGUUGCGGCACGCUGCAGA